AUGCCUCCGACAACAGACGACUGGAGACUCGAUGACAGUCGACUAUUGCAACCACAACCUUUGCGUCAGCGACACGGGCAAACGAAAGCAGCAUGGUUCGGAGGAAAGGAACUGUCAACAGAACGCCGCCGAUUCGGCGGUCAGGCUGAUUAUGACAACGAUGAUACAGGAUCAGGCUACUCCGAACCUCCGCAGGCCCCAGCAAUGUACGGACUUCCUCGCACCAUGCUGCCGCCGUCUCCACAGCAUUACCCUGCUCCCCGAUAUUCUCAACCACCUCUACCAGCAAAUUCUGCUACCGUGGCCGUGAACAACGGAGCGCCACUUCCUCACAAGAGACCAGGAAGUAGCAUGUCGAUAUCCUCGAUGCUGGGCUCAGAACCAGAAAAGCCGGCUCACGAGCAAUAUCACGCCCAUAACCAGCCGUCCAGACCACCUUCGGCGCAGCUCUCGCAUCCAGGACCCUCCAUGUCCCUGGGUGCAGUCAUGUCGCCACCCCAAUAUCCCACCAAACAGGGGCCGGGAGAAUACUCGUACAAGCCAAGAUCCAAAACUCCUGAUAGGAUGGCAGGGACAGCGCUGGGGCCGAGACCGCAUCGCUCGAGCUCGGGAACCAUGACCCAGCGACCAGGGCCAUUCUAUGAACCUCCACGAUCCGGGCCAAGCCAGGUGAAUAUGAACCUAUAUUCGGAACCGAGAUAUACACCUCCUUUCGGACCUACCGUAAUGCCCAAAGAUGAAUUCGAGGACCGCGCCCGUCGCACCAGUCUUGGUGGUAUCUUGCAGCGGCCGGAAAGUCAACCCCAGCCGACCAAUAUCUCACCACCAUUCCCGCCCACGUCACAUCCACCGGCUCGGCCAGAGAGCAUACCUCCCUCUCUUCCACCGAUCGACCGGACUGGUGGUCAACCAAUGGGCGCUCACGAUCCUCCACGUUCAAAUGGGCUCGCUGGACCCUACGACACUCGACCACCCAGCCUGCCGACUUUGUCUCGUCUUCCACAGACGGGACAUCCACCACAGCCUGUGUCGGCUCCGCAUGAACGGUCUGCAACCCAAUCUCUUUCCCCGGAAAUCAGACGCACUCAUCUAAAUAGCGGCGAAGGUCGUCUGGCAGGCAUCCUCAAUCAACAGGGCGAACCGAUAUACUCGGCGCCAAACAUGAUGCGGCAAGACUCUGUGCAGUCGCUCAGCGACCGCUCCGUCCUUGGCGACCGCUUGCGCACUAACCGAGCCUAUUCUCCUUUUGCAGGAUCAGUCGCAUCAGGGCCUUUGGAAGAACAAGUCCGCAAGGGCAGCGAGGAACUAUCACAACACAGAGCCAUUCUCGGUCUAGCAAACGAAUCGAAACGUGGAAGAUACUCACCAGUGCCUCAGGCAGUGCAAGGCGCCCAGGCACAUACUCCAGUGCCCGACGCCGGGAUCAAAACAGAACACGGUCGAGUCUUUGCUGGUAUUGGGAGUGGGCUGGGCUCUACAUCUGCUGGGCCUACCCCCGCGCCGCAGAAUUUACCUGCCAGCCCGUUCAAGCGUGACGAAGGCGGUGUUCGCCUGAGUGAAGAGAAUCUGAUGAAGAUGUCCCGGAGUAGUUCCGGAAUUAGCAAACGCAACCGAAAGGUGCUGGAUGAAGAUGUCCGAGCCGAGAGUGACGUGGGCGACGUAAAGAAGUCGGGUUCUGGGCGAGGCAAGAGAAGCAAGUAUUCCCAUACGUACAAGUUGGAUCUCGAAGACACUCCACCGGGACAACGAAAGAAUGGGACGUUCCCAACCUCAAACCCAGUUCGACGGGCAGGCACCCCAACAUCGAACCCGACGCAAUUGCUUCACAAUCCACAGAUUCCGCGUCCAUCUUCGGCGUCUGGACGAUCUUCGGCUUUCAAACCCAAGAAGGUCAUCAGAAUAUCCUCAGUUGUGGCACAAGCUCGACGUAACCCGCGUCGCCAUCUUGGGUUCUUCAAAUAUGAACCUGUGGUCGGUGUAACCGACUUCGAACGGCCUCAGCCGCAGAAAUUCGACGUUUCAAUCCGGCCCAAUCUCCUGCCGUCCUUCAAGGACCCAGAUCAGAUUAAUUGUACUUAUACUGUCAAGGUGUCCAGCAUGUGGCUUCAACAGAAAGAAAGGAACCUUAUCGGCUGCGAACAAUACUUGUGGGGAUCAGGUAUAUAUACGGAUGACUCUGACCCGGUGGCAGCUGCAAUGCAUUCCGGCUUCAUUCAAUCUGCACACAUUGAGGAUCCUCUUCUAAAUAGGCUCAUUGACGAGCAGAAUCCCCGAAUCGAAGGUCUAUCAGCGCCGGAUACGCCAGCCCCCGUGCCAGAGGGAAAGGAUCUGCAUAUCACUCUGAUUGUCCUGCCACAAUUGGAAAAUUACGCCGACAGUGUCCGCUUUGGAAUCAAGAGUCGCAGUUGGCCUGAACCUAGUUCAGAGAACUCCACAGAACACCUGGCACCACAUGAUGGUGUGAGUUUCAUGGUUCUCAAGACCCAAUUCCUUGAUGAUGGCGUGUCGAAUCGGCGGCUGGGACGAACCGGCGAAGAGAAACGAAAGAGAUUGCGAGAGGAAUUGGCGGAUCGCAAACGUGGGCUCGACCUGAUGAAGGAAAAGAUCGCCCUAGCUCGAGCGAAGGAGAAGGAGAGAUUAGUAAAAUCGAGUCGCCGCAGAAAAGAGCCUCACUCCCGUGGUGAGAAGGAUAUUACGAGGACGGAGGAGAGAAUCGUGGGCAACAAGAACAUUCCUGAUCGUUUGCAUGAAGGGGGAGCCGGAAAGGAGAACCAUUUACCUACCAAAGCCGUCGCAGGUCAGCACUCUGAAGAUGGGGAAAACGAAGAUCGGAGCACUGCAUCCGACGAGAUGAUGAAGCUUGAUGGGAAUGCUCGCGGGCCUCCACAGCAAAAUCAGCUGGACUACGCUUUUUCUCAUAAUCCUGCUAUGGCCACAGCGUCCUCGUACACCCGGGGGCAGCACGUCCAGGAGCAAAAUUACAGAUCCCGUAUGGUCCCAGAUGUGGCCGUGCGGUCAAUCGAAAAAGUCGGUUUUCCUGGUGUCAAUCAAAAGAACGCCGAUCCUGCUCGUCCACUGCGGGUCAAGCAGGAAGUUGAGGACGAUGUUGAAAAAGAUGAUUUCGAUGGCGAAAAUUGGCUUGACGCCGACGAAGACGUUCUUCGUGCUCGACUUCGCGCGCGAGGCCUGAAGCUGGACGAUAUCCCCUUGUUUUGA